AUGCCAAAAAGAGGAUCUAAAGGAACUCCCUCAAAACCAGCGAGAAGGUCAACUCGAAUUAAACGUGAUGAACUUCAAAGCGAACAAUUUACAGAGGCUGCUGUUCAAGAAGUUUUUUCUGAAAAAGAAGAAAUUCGACCUUUACCUAAAAAGCGUACAAAGACUACCUCACUCUCCUCUAAAAACACGCGUGCAAAAAGAGUCCGAAACGAGGAAAAACAUCAAACAACUGAGGAAAGGAAAACUAGGGUGGAUAGUGACGAGUCAAAUAGUCACGAAACCGAAGCAAAAAAGGACGCGUUAUUUAGUAACAAAAAUAAGCCUGAUGAUUUCACAAUACUCCCUGUUUCUCAAGAGAAAUACAAUGUAAUGAAAGACGCGUCAAGUCAGGAUACGUUGAUUGAAUCAAGUCGUGACAAUUCAAAUUUUCAUGAAAUUGAUCCGCUUAUUGAGUCAAAAUGGGAAUUAGUUAAGGCCAAUCUUUUUGAAGUUCCUAGGGAGCCGCUACCACCUUAUCGUGAAUAUAUUGACAAACUGUUUAUUAGACGUCCUUGGAUGAAAAAGAAGGACAUUGAUUAUCUUCAAAAAUUAUACACUGAUCCCGAUUCUUUACUAGCUAAGAAACAAUUGAAACAUCUUAUUAAUUAUGACAUAUAUAAAGAUUUUACAAUCGAAAACAAAAGUCGUCUUUUGAAUCUUUUACCGAAGUGUGACUUAGUUCCGAUCGCGAGUGAUGACGUAGAACCUAUUGAUUCGCCAAGGAUUCAAAGAGAACAUAAAAAUGCAGGAUUGGAAGCUUAUGAAGCAGGUGUAUCUGGACAGGUCAGCGAACUUGAUCCCAAUAAAGUUUGUCCUCGAUUUGAUUUCUGGUCUUCGGAUUCUUUUAAAGAUGCUCGAUGGUGGUUCCAAACGAGCAUUAAAUUAGGAUAUAAUACUAAAUAUGGAAUUGACAUUCAAUGGAACAAUCUUGAAAAAUUCAAGACCGUAAUUCCCGAUUAUUGGAAGUGCGAUGAAUAUGAACGAGAGUGGGGAAUUGGGCUUUGGGCAAAAAUUGGAGAAAAACAAAUCGCAGGCGAUUCUGCUCAAAUGUCUCUUCCCGAAAUGGCCAAAGCACAGGUCAUUAGACUCAAUGAUUCGUGGAAAUAUAAACGACAAUUUAAGAACGUUGGGGUAACAGUCUCAAUGGAUCUGAAGGUUAUCGCCAUUAAUCAAUCAAAUGGCCAUAUGGACUUCAAGUUAAUCAAAGAUGGAGAAGAAAUAAUAAUAAAUGAUAUAAAUAAACCAACUCGUCUAGAAAAUGAAGUUCUGGAUUUUGAUGGCCGUGUUGCAAAAGGUUCUCGUCCUAAUGGUAAUGCUUUUAAAAACUUUAGAAUUGUAAGGUCAGAAGGUUAUACCCCAAGCUUGUUUGAGGCAAGGAAAGAAUAUUGGGCAAAAAUUCAGUAA